AUGGGCGACGAUAUACGUGUCGAGCUCGGCUCGGUUGCGCUCAAUGGCUCAUCCCCCAAGAAGGUCGCUUACUUUUACGAUUCCGACAUUGGUAACUAUGCUUAUGUUACUGGUCAUCCCAUGAAGCCUCAUCGCAUUCGGUUGGCGCAUAGCUUGAUUAUGCAGUACAACCUCUACCAGAAGAUGGAGAUAUACCGCGCAAAGCCUGCGACUCGAGGCGAAAUGACCCAAUUCCAUACCGACGACUACAUCGAUUUCUUACAAAAGGUCACACCAGACAACAUGGACAGCUUCAUGAGAGAGCAAGGAAAAUACAACGUCGGUGACGAUUGUCCCGUUUUCGAUGGUCUAUUCGAGUUCUGUGGUAUCAGUGCAGGUGGUAGUAUGGAGGGUGCCGCGCGACUGAAUCGCCAAAAGUGCGACAUCGCCAUCAACUGGGCUGGUGGUCUUCACCACGCCAAGAAGUGCGAGGCCAGUGGUUUCUGCUACGUCAACGACAUUGUCCUCGGUAUUCUCGAACUCCUUCGAUUCAAAAAGCGGGUCCUUUACAUCGACAUUGACGUGCAUCAUGGUGAUGGUGUUGAGGAGGCUUUCUACACCACCGACCGUGUCAUGACGGUUUCUUUCCACAAGUACGGAGAGUACUUCCCCGGCACCGGUGAACUUCGAGACACUGGUAUUGGACAAGGAAAAAACUAUGCUGUCAACUUUCCCCUUCGAGAUGGUAUCACCGAUGUGUCCUACAAGUCCAUCUUCCAGCCUGUCAUUGAGAACGUCAUGAAGUACUACCAGCCCGAGGCUGUUGUUCUCCAAUGCGGUGGCGACAGUCUGUCUGGCGAUCGACUCGGUUGCUUCAAUCUGAGUAUGGACGGCCACGCCAACUGUGUUAACUAUGUCAAGAGCUUUAAUCUCCCGACUCUUGUUCUCGGUGGAGGUGGCUACACAAUGCGCAACGUCGCUCGAACUUGGGCUUUCGAGACUGGUGUUCUUGUGGGCAAGGAGAUGGACCGAACCCUGCCCUACAACGAAUACUACGAAUACUAUGCUCCCGAUUUUGAGCUGAAUGUGCGAUCCUCCAACAUGGAGAACUCCAACAGCCGAGAGUACCUCGAGAAGAUCACUGCUUCAGUCAUCGACAACCUUCGACAAACCGGACCUGCUCCUUCAGUACAGUUGCAAGACGUACCCCGAAAGCCCUUCGGCGGUAUGACUGAUGAGGAGGAGGCCGAGUUGGAUGACCUUGAUGAGGAUGAGAACAAGGAUGUUCGCAUGACCGAACAUCGUUGGGACAAGCAUGUUGAACACGACAACGAGUUUGAAGCCAGUGACGACGAUGAGAUGGCUCGGGCGCAUGGUGCUACGCGCCAGAAUGGUAACAAGCGCACAUUUACCGAUUAUCGCAAGGGGGAAAUGGAUGUCGAUAAUGCCGAUGCUCCUCCUGCCAAGGUAACUAACGGUGCCUCCGCUGACGAACCUGCUGAGGAGCAAGCUGGCGACGAUGUGAACGAUGUGAACGACGAUACUAUCGACGACAUCUCGGCCCCGGCCCCAGCCGAGAAGGAGGCUCCACCCAAGGAGAGCGAGAAGCCUGACGAGCCCGCCAAGGAACCUGAAGCUAGUAAAGUGGAUGGAGACGGUGAUGUUGGCAUGGAGGACUCGGCGGCUCCAGAGGAGACAACAAUCAAGAAGGAAGAGGUCGAGCCUGAGGCACCCGCAGAGCCUUCAGCGCCUACCGAGAAGGCCUCAAAGGAUGAGCCUGUUGCCCAAGAGGCCACCGAAUCCACUACCAAGGAGCCCACCACAGAACCCAAAAGUACCGAAGAGACCUCAGAUAAGCCUGCAGCGGCACCGGAAAAGGCUCAGAGCGAACAACCCGACGAUGCUAUGGACGUCGAUACGGAGAAGGAUAAACCAGAGCCACCUGUCGAGAAGAGCAAGAGCCCUGUAAACUAG